AAAAAAAGGAGGUGGAAUAUUAGAAUAAAGGAGGAGGAGGAGGAGGAGAAGAGUCGGCAUGGUACACACGGGCGCCCCCCCGGCCGCUGCCACCGCCAUGGAGGGGUCGCGGGCGGUGGAGCGGGCGCGCCUCGCCUACCAGCGCAUGAUGAGGACGGAGAUGAUGAGAGCGGACAGCGAAGUGCGCGGCGAGGCUCGAGGUCCGCGGUCCGAGAGGUCGAGCGUCAGCCACAACGACGACGUCUCGAGCACCAGCAGCGAGAAGUACGAGCGGGACGUGGCCAUCCUCAACUCCUGCUUCGACGACAUCGAGCGGUUCAUCGCCCGGCUCCAGCACACGGCCGCCGCCACCAGGGAGCUCGAGCGGAGGAGAAGGUCCCGAAAAUCCAAGAAGAAAGACAUUGGAGACGGCCUGCUGUCAAUGCGCGCCAAGCCUCCUCCUGAGAGGGAGUUUGUUGAUAUCUUCCAAAAAUUCAAGCUGUCAUUUAACUUAUUGGCAAAGCUGAAGUCCCACAUUCAUGACCCAAAUGCCCCAGAACUUGUACAUUUCCUGUUUACUCCGUUGGCACUUAUUGUUGAUGCUUCACGUGACUCAAACUAUGGGCCAAACCUGCCUGCUAAGGUCCUGUCUCCCCUGUUGACUGCUGAUGCUAUUGACCUCCUCACCAACUGCCUCACAUCACGAGAGACAGAAUUAUGGCAGAACCUGGGAGAGGCUUGGUGUGUCCCUCGUAGCAUGUGGAAGUACAACGUUCCACCCUAUCAGCCAGUAUUUUCAAGUGGCUGGGCACCUGAACUUUCAGAGAGUGAACGGCACUCAGAGGUGGUUUCAGAUGGCAAAAGGGUCAGAGAGGGUCGUCUGCGAAGUGAUGAGUACGGCAGUGACUUCUAUGACUCUGACCGACGGGAGGCAUCCCCCCCACCACCAGGUCGUUACUAUGGUCAUGAUAGGCCACGGUCAAUGACUCCUCCCUCAGAAUAUCCUCAAGCAGGGAAAAGUGACAUCUCCCAAGACUCCAUGGAUCAGCCUACGUUUGAGAAGCAUCAGCGGCAGUGGCUCAACGACCUCAAGUCACGCGGAGCAAAAAUUGUACAGGUGACAUACCCACGCACCGCCAAUAACGACAAAGAGCUCACAGUUGUUCGUGGUGAAUAUUUGGAGGUCCUGGAUGACAGUCGCAAGUGGUGGAAGGCAAUAAAUGCACGAGGACAGGUUGCUCACGUCCCACACACAAUAGUGACCCCAUAUGCUGCUGACCAGGAUAGUAAGGAAGAUUACCGUGCUGGUGCUCAACGCAGUGCCCCGCCACCCGUCUGGAAGGGCAAGAAAGGGUACGGCUCCAAUGAAUCGAGUGACGAAGAUGCUGCAGGUUCACGUAAGAAGAACAGUACAAUCCCUGCUCCCCCACCCCCUCCACCCCCAGACUUUACCCCAAGUAACUCAGUGGCUAAGAGAACUCCUAAGCCUAGACCCAAUAAUGCAAACCAGAUGUAUGCUACGACUAAAUCUAAUGUGGAUAUGAUGAACGAAGAACUGAAGCUGGUGCUAGAGUCGUUCCGUCGUCAGAGGCCACAUCUAGAUAUUCAGAAAACACCUGAUGUUUACAUAUACCAAACUUCAACCCCACAGGAAGUGCAAAAAUGGCUUGAAAUGAAGGGCUUCUCCAAAAGAAUUCGGAAACAGUUUGAGGGUGUUGAUGGAGAGAAACUGUUUGCACUGGACAGGGACCAACUUAUUAUACAUUGCGGGAAGGCUGAGGGCAUUCGGUUAGACUCUCAGAUCACUAUACAGCGUAAUAUAACAGGGUACAAGACUGCACGCUCAUCAGAACUUAGGCAGAUUCUCGCUCAGAGAAGGAACAAAGUUGAAGCUGACAAGACAGACGCAAAAGAAUCGAUCACAGAAGACUUUAGCUUCCUUAGAGACUAUGAUAAGAGUGGUUAUCAAACUGAUUCAGAAUCAGACGAUGAAGACAUGGAGGUCCCAGGUGCCUCGGGUGGACUUGCUGGUACACUUAAAGAACAAAUUAAAAAGCAGAGAAAGAAGAUACAAAAUCAGGCCCUUGAUGACAAGGCUUCUCGAUGAAUAACUUCAUUCACAUCGGUUGUAGAUUUUAAGCAAAAAGAAUAGAAGUAAUGAGUCUAUAUUGUCAGUCAGUUCAGCCCAGUGAGUUUUUUUGGCCCAAGAUGUCUAAAGCUAUUUGGAAAUUUUGGGUUUACAGUCAUAUCAUAUAUGUAUAGUCUCAUUAACCAUCGAAUGUAUAAUUACAUAUAUUCCAGUGAGGAUAUUUAACCCCUAAUGAUUUGUGUAAUAUAUUUCUAAGCAUCCAGAGUAUUUAAGACUAUAGAUAGUGUAUAUCCAUGGCCAUAUAUAGGAUAGUUUAUUGGCUUAGGUAUGUUCAAGAUAUUGUGUAGUAAAAGCUGUUGAAUUGUUAUUUUCAUUUUGUACGAUGUUAGGAACUGUUUGUGUUGUAGAAUUUGCAUGUAGCAACUACUGUUUGCUUUUGCUGGGAAAAUUCUUACAGCCUUGAUGGUAUGUAACAAUCACUCUUUUAAAAUAAAAACUUAUCAUUAAGUACAUUUGUAAUGUGCAUGGAGGUCAGUAUGUUAUUUUUUAUGUGAUAUAUUCUUACUUUUUUGUAAUUACCUGUUGAUAUGUUCAUAAUUGUAUAAAUCUAAUAGAGUGAAAAAUAAUAUAUACUUGAAAUAUGAGAUAUAUAAUGUUGGUAUUUUCUCCAGGAACUAUAGCAUUUAUGGUUAUAUAGAUGUAGGUAUAUAGCUUAUAUCUAUCAGUAUGGGAGAGUAAUAUAGUGUUGGAAGUAAAGGUUAUAUCAAAAUAUUCAGUGGAGAUAGUAAGGAAAACAAGUAACUUUUUCACUUACUAUAGCAGGAAUCAUAUAUAUAUUGCUCAUAUUCAGUUCCAAAAAGCAAGCUGUAGACAUUACCAUUAAGACUGUAGGCUAAGUGCUUACAGUCUUUUAGGCAACACAGUUAAUUGUUCCUGGACAUAUUUACUCAACAAUGCCAUAUAUUAGGAAUUUGAUUGUUUACAUUUAUGAGAAUGGAUUUUCAUUGUGAUGUGGAUUACAAGGAUACAUUUCCUCUUUCCCUCAUUCUAGUUACUGUGAAUGCAACGAAUUUAGAAUAUUAGUAACGGAAACAUUGAAAAUGUUCUGUAGGGGAUGAGGAAGGACUUCAUAGUACUUGUUUAUAGGAUCAUUUUGGCAGUCUUUGUUGACAAUAAGAAAAAAACAGUAAAAUAAAUAUAUUUACUAGUUCCAAAAGGGAUAUUUCAGUGGAAUUUUCCUCUCACCUUGAUUUCCUGUACUGUUACAAUCAUCAUAAUGUCUUUUUAAAACUACAUGCUAUGUUAGUUAAUACUACUUUGGAUUCCUCUUUGUAAGGAGACACUUGAGGUGAAGGAGACCUGUAUGUUCCACUAGAAUUUCAUAGCAAUAAUCAUGUAUGUAAGAUUUGUAAUUUCUCCAGGGAUAGAAUUAAAGGCUUGCAGUUUGUUUGUGUAUUGUAAUGUCUUUUCUAUGGGGCUUUUUGGUGCCAAGAUGUCUUUGAGUACUUGUUAUGUGUCUCAGAUGUUGUAAAUAUUAUUAAAGAGUGAUUUAUUA